ACCAAAUAACCAGGAUCUUUUUCCGCCUUUCUUGAGGUCUCCAGAGCACUUUGAGUAAGCCUAGGCACACACCUUUCAAGAGCUCACCCUCCUCAUCGUUCUCGCCAGCAGUCCAUCAAUCCCAGACUGGAGUCUUCCUGUAGCAGAUUUCCAACUUAACAAGCCAAAACUCUACAGCACCCCUGAGUAUUCUCUCUCACUUUGCCUUGUGCAACCAAGGACAGGUCGAUACGUCUACCACAGACAACAGAGGUAUACGGACACAAUGACCACGCCACAGGAAGAAUCAGGCCCCCGACAGGGCGAGCAAUUACGCAACCCUAAUGACCGCCCCGAAUGCUUCUCCAGUACCCUGCAAGAGUGCCUAUUUGUCUUGACGACGACGAUGGCUAUCGCUCAGACCUCAUUCUUUGAGGGGCUGGUUCUUGUCGUGUCUGCUUCCAUCGGAGAAGAUCUCAACAUGAGCUCUGCUGAAAUCACAUGGAUUACUGCCGGCGUUUCACUCACGAGUGGCGCAUUCCUGUUGGCGUUUGGAAAAGUGGCUGAUAUGUUCGGCCGUCGGAUAAUGUUCAUGGCCAGCAUGGCGGGAUUUACAGUCGCAUUGGUGAUCGCCGGAUUCGCCAACGCAGCUAUUUAUAUGGAUGUAUUCUCGGGCGUCAUGGGUAUUUUUUGCGCUUCUGCCGUACCACCUGCGGUCGGAUCGCUGGGGGUUGUGUAUUCAAAACCUUCGAAACGGAAAAAUCGCGCUUUUGCCUGCUUCAGUGCUGGAAACCCGUUGGGCUAUGUAGGGGGCAUGAUUAUCUCCGGUAUUGCGUCUCAGGUUGGUAACUGGAGAAUUGCUCUUUGGACAUUGGCUGUGAUAUACGCCAUUUUUACCCUGUUGGCCGUCUGGACGGUUCCCAGCGACCCUCCAAAGGCCAAAGCUGAGUUGAAUUGGCAAUCAAUGAAGAAACUAGACCCUAUUGGCAUGUUGUUGGCGAUUUCUGGUAUUGCUCUGUUUUCGACUGCACUUUCGACGGCUGGAGACGCAUCCAAUGGCUGGAAAACACCAUAUGUCAUUCUGCUACUCGUUUUGGGGGUUGUUCUUAUUGCUGGUUUCUUGUCCUGGGAAUCGAUAUAUUCAACUCCUUUGAUGCCUCUUUACGUCUGGCAGGAUCGGAACUUUUCUCUGCUGAUGGGAUCUCUCUGUCUUGGUUUCAUGGGAUUUAUCAGCAGUGAGUUCUGGAUGGCUUUAUAUAUGCAACAAAUUAAGCACUACAGUCCUUUAGAAAUCACUGCUCGUUUACUGCCGAUGAUUAUCAACGGAAUCUUGGUCAACGUUGUCUGCGGUCUCAUUCUGCACAAAGUCAGCAACAAGUUGCUCAUGCUUAUUGGCGCUACGGCGUACAUGAUUGCGUUCCUUAUUAUGAGUUUUACGCCGGAUGAUGGCAUCUACUGGGGCUGGUAUCUUGUGCCGCUACUGUUGAUGGUUGUUGGGGCUGACACUGAAUUCAACGUGGUCAACGUGAGGGCCCUCUCUCUCUCCCCUUGAAUGCUAAUAAAACUUGGAAUAUAGAUGUAUGUCAUGUCCAGUCUUCCAUCGUCCGACCAGUCUCUUGCCGGAGGCAUUUUCAACACUGCGUCCAAGUUCUGCGCCAACACCAGUCUUGGCAUCACGACUGCUGUUUACAACUCUGUCCGCAACCAGGGACCGGCAAGUCCAAUCAAACCGUACCUGUCAACGUACUGGUUUGCUGCAGCGUCAGCCGGUUUGGGGGUCGUCUUGAUACCUUUCUUAAAGCUGGGAACGCAGGGACACGAGGACAAGACCAACUCGUCUGACGAAGAGACACUAGACACACCUAAUGUUGAGGCAGACGCUGAGACCAAAAUUUGAGCUGUCUCAUGUACGGACUGGUGUUUUCUUCCUGUUUCGGAUAUAUCGCAUGGCUAUAGGUGCACAUGUUGGAAUGUCAACAGAUUACAUUAAAUUUCGUAUACUGGUUGAAUAAUCACAGUCAAUUUUAG